AUGACUUUUGAAAUCACUCCUUGCUCUCAAGAGGGCGCGUCGGCGGGUUCGGGGAUGGGAGGCCCCUCCUUUCUCCCCGAGUCGAGUGAGUCGAGCAAGUCGACAACAGUCUUGCAUGACACGCCUUUAUCCCCACCAGCCCAGAUGACGGCCACUACAUAUCCCAAAACGACAAUUGGCCAAGAUUUGUCAGAGCUUUUCGCUGAAAACGUGGUCGCGAAGCUUUACAGAACUGCCAUUGAGCCUGUAAUGCAUUCCAAUGACAGCGGAGCACCGAGCCUUGACUUCAUCCCCAACGCGUAUCCAGAGGAAGUGCCUCAAGACGGCGCCGAAAAAGGUUGCUAUGUGAUGAGGGAACCCGAAUUUUGGACUUCUGGGUUCUUUCCGGGGUCUCUCUAUUGUCUGCUCGAGCGAUUGGUUCGAUACCCGAAAAGCGUUCGAUUGUCGCCUCAAUUUUCCCUUUCUGGAGGCUCCGUGGACAUUGCCCAGAUGCGGUCUGACUUGCAGUCACUAUGUCGCUCAUGGACUAAGCCACUGCACGCCAUGGCCAGUAGGACAGACACACAUGAUCUGGGAUUCAUGAUCAUGCCGGCGCUGCAAAGAGACUGGGAGCUCACUAGUAAUGCCGACAGCUUGGACACUAUAUUACAAGCGGCAGAUAGCUUGGCUUCCAGAUUUGUUCCCUCGGCCGGGGCUAUUCGAAGCUGGGAUGAGCGCAUUCAGAAAAACAUUCAGAUCACAUGCCAAGAAACAAACUGCAUUCUCAUCAUCGACAGCAUGUGCAACAUGGAUCUUCUGUAUUAUGCCGCCAGUCACUCUCGCGACCACGAGCGUCUAUGUACAAUCGCCACUACCCACGCCACCACUCUCCUUCGAACGCACCUCCGACCAGAGCCUCAAGUAGUAGUUUCUGAAGAUGCCUAUCGUGGCCAGUGGUACUCCUCGUACCACGUUACCAAUGUGGAUCCUAAGACCGGUCUCAUCAAGCAGCAUUUCACAGCACAGGGCUAUUCAGAUCCAUCAACCUGGGCUCGUGGCCAGGCAUGGGGAAUACUUGGCUACGCACAAACGUAUAUGUGGACAAAGGACAGAAAGUUCCUCCAGGCCUCAUGUGGUCUGGCAGAGUAUUUCCUCUACCGGCUAGAGACCAGUCCUGGCUGUGUGGAGACGAGAAUCGGUGAAGGCAUGGUCGACAGUUCCACGGGCCGACAUCGUCGUGGACGUCAUGUACCACUAUGGGACUUUGAUGCCCCCAUAGGCGACCCAGCUAAUCCGUUAAGGGACUCCUCUGCUGGGGCGAUUGCUGCUGACGGAAUGCUGGUCUUGUCUCAAGGUCUGGCCAGUCUAGGUUACGACCAUCUCGCCACAAGAUUCCGAAACGCCUCUUUGGACAUUAUGAGGGACCUUGUCAAUUUUUCGCUGGCGCCCGAGAAGGCUGAGAUUGUACGUGGUGCAAAUGGUCAAAUUGAGGUUAGAGAUGUCUCCCCAGGUCAUACCUUUGCCGGUUUAUUGAAGCAUGGGACGGCCAACAACAACGAGAAUUCCCUCAGGGUGUACGCAAAUCAUGGUUUGGUUUAUGGCGACUACUAUUUCAUGGAAUAUGGUAACAGAUUGUUAAGUAUGGGUUUAGAAUAG